AUGGCUUCCUCCAAGAUGGCCAUUAUGACGCCUGAAUUUCUGGAAGCCAUUGCAAGCCAGCGGGAUCUGCCAAAGUACACGUGGUACUUUAUAGCGUCGACAGUCUUGUGCGUCCUAAAUCGGCCACAGGAAAUUCAAAGAGUGUAUCUUUACGCCAUCGAGCAUGCAUCGAACGAGGAGCAGCUGCAUGUAUCGCGACGCAUGCGUGACGCACUUAUAAAGACAGCAGCAGUCGGUGGAAUGCCCAAGACGAUCAAUGCCAUGAUGGAGCUGGCCACGGUGACCCCAGACGACCUUGUCGAUGCGCCAAUAGGCUUUUCGCCGGCGUCUCGUUCCGGUGACCUCUGUUAUACCUCAUCGGCGCAAAUUCUGCAGCGUGGCCAGUCCUUCUUCAACAGGAUCUACGGAAAGGUGGCCACGAGAGUCAUGGGACAGAUGGAUCGCUGUGGCACGCCCGAUCUAAGCUUGACGGCACAGCUUGCAUACGGGUACGUGUUGAGCAACACGGACAUUCUGAACUCAGCCGAGACAUCCUUUGUGAUGAUUGCCGGUCUCAUUCCCCAAGAUGUCAAUCCCCAGCUCAAGGGUCAUCUCAAAGGUGCGCUCAAUGGCGGCGCCACAGUGGCAGAGGUCAUGGCCGUACGGCACGUAGCCAUUGAGAUUUGCAAAGCCGCCGACAUGGUGAUGCUCAAUGACGACGACGUGGGCAGCUGGGGCUGGCGCAGUGCGGUUUCCGGCCUUUGA